CCACGUCCACCUCGCCCUGGGGCUCGAGUGAAUCGAGAAAAUAUAAACCAAUGAACCAAAACUCCAAAACCCUCAGUAACGCGCGAGAGAUCGCAGCUAAACUCGAGAGCUCCUUCCCCUCCGACGUCCCGCACACGUCGGGGGCUGUUGCUGGAAUAAAGUUGGGUGUGCACUCUGCAGUCUGCACAGUCAAGUGACAGCAUUGCCUGAGCAGAUACUGCCCGAGAGGAAGACCAACUGAACCAGGAUGGGGAGCACGGUCAGCACGGGCGAGGACAACGAUGACCUGGUGGACAACCUGGUGGAACGGGACUGCAUCACCACUGGUGGUGUGGAACAUGUGUUCCGAGCAGUCGACCGUGGCAACUACUUCACAGAGGAGUGCAGGGACAGUGCUUACAAGGACACAGCCUGGCGGAGCGACAAUUUGCACCUGUCGGCGCCGUGCAUAUACUCGUCCGUGAUGGAGAACCUGAGUCUGCAGCCGGGCCACAGCUUCCUCAACAUCGGCUCCGGCACUGGCUACGUCAGCACCAUGGUCGGACUCAUUAUCGAGAGCACGGGCGUCAACCAUGGGGUGGAGCUCUACCAAGAGGUGAUUGACUACGCCCAGGAACGGCUGGCAGAGUUCAUCGCCUCGUCGCCGGCCGUGGAUCAGUACGACUUCUGUCCGCCUCAGUUUGUGUGCGGUAACGGCCUGCUGAUCGGGCCCGGUCAGCAGUACGACCGUGUCUACUGCGGGGCGCGCUGUCCGCUGUCGGAACUGGCCUGCCUCAAACAGCUGCUCAAGGUGGGCGGGGUGCUGGUGGUACCGGUCAACGAUUACCUGAAGCGAAUCGAGCGACUCGGGGAGAACGAAUGGGACGUGCAGGACAAGCUGUCCGUCUCCUUCGCCGGGCUGAUUGAGCCCAAUGUCAGCGGUCACAGCGGCCCGCUCAGCAUGCCGCCGCGGGUGCCGGCCCCGCUGCAGCAGCUGUGUCGCACGGCCAUCCGCCGUCUGCUGCGCACUCAGCUGCUGGCCGACCAGCCGCCGCCAGCGGCCACAGCGCGCGCCCAGCGCCGGCGCCGGCCCACCAGCGGCCGCGCGGAGGAGGAGCGGCGCAUCCGACGGUUCGUGCUGCCGCUGGUGGGCGCCUCGGUCGCCGAGAUUCGCAGCUCCGACGGGGAAGGGGAGGAGGAGGAGCGGCGCACCGGGCGUGACCGACGCGACUCGGGACACUCAGAGGAGGCGUUCAUGGAGCCGACCGGCGCGUCCGAGGAUGAUUCGGACGAUGAGGAGCAGGAACGGGAUGGGCAGCUCCAGGAGCGGCAGGAUCGCCGACAGGAGCGGCUAGAUCGCCUGCAGAAGCGCGCUGCGGACACAGCCAACUCCCAGCAGAAUGAGCAGCAGGAGACGGCCAACCCCCAGCAGGAGCAGGAUGCGGUCCCUGGUAACUCCCAGGAGCAGAAGGAGAAUAUCCCGGCUGCCUCACAAGAGUCUGCCUCUUCGAACUCUGGGCAGCAGAAGCAGACGGAGACGGAGACAGAGACAGGAGACCAGGGAGCGUCUCCCCCAGAAGCAGGAGACAAUGCCGUGUCGACGCCGGAGGCCUCUCAGUCUCGCGCCUCCCUGAAACGCUCCAAUGAUGAGAGUGCUGCCGGCACAGAGGGUGGGCCGACCGCCGGCGCCGGGCCCUGUGAGACUCAGAAGCGCGGUCGGUGCGACCACCUGGACAGUGGCCUGGGCGACUCCCCGCCGCUGCCGCCGCGCGACCACUCGGAACCCGAGAACGGCGUGGCUGCCUCCUCCUCCGACGACGGUGACGAUGACGGUGAUGAUGACGGUGAUGACGGUGACGUCAGUGACCGGGAGCGUCCUCGACGGAGACCGGCGCGGUUCAUAUACGGUCACGUGCCUCCCAUGUGGCGACACUCUGCCCAGUCGCGUGCCGAGUUCGCCAACGAAAUCAGCCGGUUUCUGGUGGGUUACUCGGAUGAUGACGACCGGGACGAGCCGGAGCUGGACGGAGACGAGCCGCACCGCGGCCGCUGUCCCAUGAGCAGCCGCCGCCGGGCACGGCCCUCGCGACACGCGACUGUCGAGGCCAGUCAGCGCCUGGCAGACCGGAUGAGGGAGCGUAUCGUGCGUCUCCCUCUGCCGCUCCCGCUGCGCCAGUACGUGAAUCUGGACCGGCCGCUGUGAGGGAACCGGACGGUGCUCGACGGAGAAAUGUCUGAACUGUGAUAUAUGAGAGUGUAGACAGUCGGGGGACUUCGGCUGGAUGCCGGGCGGAGUGCCGAUCGAACUGCGUUCAGGUCUGGGUCGGUAAGUGUCCUGAAUCGUCGGCUAUGGUGAUUGAGAGAGAUUGUUGGUCGAAUGGAUGUUAAUUGUACACAGAGGAUAAAGAAGUACCUACCUGCUAACAUACGUAACUUUAUUGCAAUUUUCUGAAGCUAAUGCGACCAACCCAAAAUAGUGCUAGAUUGGGAUAACUUAGUGCAUGACCAUCUCUUCUCCCAUGACAGCCUGGUAGACGCAUUGGUUUCAACUUUCAAGCGUUGUGUGUACAUCAGCGUUUUCUUACCUUUUGUAUCAGUCGCACAGUUAAACAAUCCAAACGUUAUGCAGUCUCGAAAUAUUAUUGAUUUGAGCAUGCUAGUGAUGGUUCAUGGUUGCUUACUCACCAGAAAAUGAUGUCGGCGACAGGAGUGAUACCAUGCGGGGAUGUCACUUAUUGAGAGUUACUUCGUGAUUUAUUCAUAACCAUGUGGGCUGUGGUAGAUGCUUGCGUACUGGCCCCCUUUUUCAGCAAUGUUUGCGCGUGAGUUGUGUGUUUGACCGCGACAGAAAGGCGUUAUUUUCGUUCAAUAGGCACUGCUUCGUUUCGAAGGAAACUCUCGUCAGGGCUGAAAGUGGAUACUGCGCAGAAUGUUCUCGCUCGAUGCUGAUUGGCUGUUGGGCGCCUUGUCUGGUUCGCGAUUGGUGUAUAUUUGGUUGCGAGACCUAUGAUUGGCAGACUGGUUCACGGUGGUUCUCUGAGUGCCCCUAAAACGGCCCUCUGUGGCGGCGUCAGCACCGCUCGAGGUCAGCGUCCCUCAGCGCCGAGCGUUUGUCUCAGAUAUUAUGUGGGUGCUUUCGGAUCUGAUAGAUUUCGUAGCUCUCUCGCGGCUUAUCAGCUGCAACUGUGUAUCAUCUGCAACUGCUACUUUAGGUAAGUCUGGUAAUGCUGAUUAGACUGAUAACAUAUGUAUCUAUCCCUGGUUUGUUUUAUUGUAUAUGAAAUAUUGGUACCGACUGAAAACCCAGAUGUCACUGAUAUCCACUUAACACCUCUUGCCACCAGCCAGGCUACUCAUAGUUGAGUCAUUUUGAGGCGGGCUGUUUUCAGACUAUGUGAUGGCACUUGAUUCGCUCUGAUAACCUGGCUAAGUCUUAACGUUAUGUGAUGGUAAUCGCCCGGUGUUCGAUAUGUCGUUUGUUGCAGCACCUAUUGCACGGCUUUGUCUAUUGCAGGCACGGCUUUGAUUGGUUGUGGGCCGUCGAGGUGUCCAUUCGAGCUGCGGUGCGCGGUGCGGGCCUCCGUCGCCUUUUUUGUGUGAUAACGGACCUCGGCAAUGUUCUGUGUGGUUCAGACUCGCCCUGAACCGUGUCAAGGGUGUCUGAGGGGCAGUGGCGAUCGCCUCGUUCGAGUUGAACGGGCGGGCUCGGGUGUGUAGACGUUUGCAGUCGCGUGUUGCGGACGGCGCAGCCGUGCAGUGUUGUAUAGAUAUACAUAUAAAAUAAUAAACCUGAUCAGACCUA